UGAACAAGAUGAUAGAGGCGGCCGUAAUCAGAGCCGUCCAUCUCGUCCAAACGCGUUGCGAGUAGCUUUUUUUCUUCCAUCUUUUCCCUCGCGCGUUUUUUCGCGUCCCUUUCCUCGCAUCUGCUAAGAAGUCACCACGUCACAAACAAAGAGAAACGGAGAGCACUCUGACUCUCUCUCUCUCAAUUUCAAUAUCAAAACUUCAUAUUUAAACCCCUCUCACUACCUUUGAAUUCUUCGUAUUCUCUCUGUCAAUACUCAAUACUAAGAAAUUCUCACAGAGAGAGAUUGAGACUUCGAAAAUGGCUGAUAUAAAUCAGAAUGUGGCGGCGACCGGUCAGUACGGCGAAUUUCCGGCCGUGCAGACUCACGGAGGUCAGUUUCUUCAAUACAACAUCUUCGGCAACCUCUUCGAAGUCACGGCCAAGUACCGCCCUCCGAUCAUGCCGAUCGGCCGCGGCGCGUACGGUAUCGUUUGCUCGGUGAUGAAUUCGGAGACGAACGAGAUGGUAGCGAUGAAGAAAAUUGCGAACGCUUUUGAUAACCACAUGGACGCGAAGCGUACGCUAAGGGAGAUUAAGCUGCUUCGCCAUUUCGAUCAUGAAAAUGUUGUAGCUUUAAGAGAUGUGGUUCCGCCACCUUUACGAAGAGAAUUUACUGAUGUUUACAUUGCGACGGAACUCAUGGAUACUGAUCUUCACCAAAUAAUUCGUUCCAAUCAAAGCUUAUCUGAGGAGCACUGUCAGUAUUUCUUGUAUCAGAUUCUUCGGGGGCUAAAGUUUAUACAUUCAGCGAAUGUUAUUCAUAGAGACUUAAAGCCCAGUAACCUCUUACUGAACUCCAAUUGCGAUCUUAAGAUAUGUGAUUUUGGUCUUGCUCGCCCGACUGCAGAGAAUGAGUUUAUGACCGAAUAUGUUGUCACAAGAUGGUACAGGGCACCUGAGCUACUGUUGAACUCUUCAGAUUAUACUGCUGCCAUUGAUGUGUGGUCUGUGGGUUGCAUCUUUAUGGAGCUUAUGACUAGAAAGCCUUUGUUUCCGGGGAAGGAUCACGUGAAUCAGAUGCGCUUAUUGAUAGAGCUUCUAGGCACGCCGAGUGAGUCUGAUCUUGGUUUUGUUCGAAACGAGGAUGCAAGAAGAUAUAUUCGCCAACUCCCCUCACACCCUCGGCAGCCAUUAGCUGCAGUUUUUUCACAUGUUCAUCCAUUGGCCAUUGAUCUCAUAGAGAAAAUGUUCACAUUUGAUCCUACUAAAAGAAUUACUGUUGAAGAAGCAUUGGCCCAUCCUUACCUUGCAAGAUUGCAUGACAUAGCUGAUGAACCAGUUUGCCCAAAGCCAUUUUCCUUUGAGUUUGAGCAACAACCCUUGGGAGAAGAGCAAAUGAAGGAUAUGAUUUACCAGGAGGCCUUAUCACUCAACCCAGAGUAUGCAUAAAUUAAAGCUUUUUUCUCAGUUUUAUCUCAUAAGUUGAUAAGCCUGUAAGUUACUGGGAUAAUAUUGCAACCAGAAAUCUAAUAGGUCGCAGAUUGAGGAACUGAGAUCCUAUUUCAUCUUUACCAUUUCUCUGGUGGGUCUACUGAUAUUACAUUACACCAAUGACUGCCCAUCAGUUGUACUGGGCUUAUGAAUUUAAUUUUGGUGUCAGUUUUUAUUUAUUUUUUGUACCACUUGUAUUUGCUUAGAUGUGUCUGUAUCUUAAUUAUAUCUGUGAUAUGCUAAAACAGUAUUUGUAAAGCGGGUUGAAUUGUAACUAAGUCGGAUUUAAUGAAAAUUACCUAUUGUUUUGUUCUUCA